AUGGAUGAAACUCCUUGGUGUCUUGCUCGCACCCACGAAUGGCCAUCAAAUUAUCAGUUCUACAUUAGUGAAACCAACAAAUUUGCUUUCCUUCUCAUAGAUCAACAGCAUGCACCCAAAGCCUCUGACUCCAAGAUGGACCAAAUCAAGCCUCCCAAGAACCUCAUAUUGUCCCGAGAGAGUAUGGACGCAGCUUUGGACAUCCUGCUGGUGGGGCGAUCCGUGGGAGAGGCUACUCAAAAAGUGGCAGAAACUAUUUCCUCCAGGUCGGCUAUUCGACCUCCACCUCCUCCUCCGGUCUCUUCUCAGGCUUCUAAGCCCAGCUCUCGACGUAGCAGGUCAUCCCGGCCUUCCAGCCAAGGGAGGUCGAGCUCUGCUCAUUGGUCUAUACAAGCCCCCCAGCCUCAAGGUACUUCUAACGAGGGGACGGAAGAGGGUCCCAUGAUUAUCUCUGAAGUGGCUGAGGGUGUUGGAUCGGCGAGGUCGGACCUUGUCCUUCCUACUGUGGGCGCUUCUGGGGUCUCCGCUGCUGUUGAAGAGGAGGUCCCCGGGGGGAGGCUAGAGGUCCCCAUUAUGGAAGAGGGAGCUCCAGGGAAAAGAGCGGAGGUUAUUCUCGUGGACGAGGAUGUCUCGAAGGCCCCCACCAAUGAUGCUCUUGCCCCUGAAGAGGUGGGAUCUGACCUUGCCAAGGAUGGAGGUGUCACAGAGAAGGUAGGGGACAAACGUCCUGCCUCCCUUGAAAUGCCUGCCCCAGCUCCAGCUCGGAAGAAGUCCAGGGCUUCCAAGGGAUCAGCUCCAGCUCUCCCUCCUAUUGGAGAGAAGAAAGAAGGUUCUAAAGAAUCAACUCCGGUUCUCCCUCCUCCUGAAAAGAAGAAAGAUGUCCCUGUGAUACCACUGCUGUCUGCUCCUGACAACGACAUUCUGAACGCAGAGGAUAUCACUCAUCAGUCUCCGGCGAGCGUGGUUGCUGAGAUUGUCAAGGAGCGGAUGUUUGGUGGCGUCAUGGAGGCUUUGGAUCCACGCUUGCUUGCUCUCACUGGUCUCUUAGCUAGCUCUACUAGGGAGCAAGCAGCGUUCCGUUCUCGACCUCGUGGGGAGCUCGGAGACACAAUCAGGGAGAUGCUUCUGAUGGUGACGGGCCUCUUUAUGGAGGUGGAUGCUCGUGACCACUCUCUCCGGGAAUCUGUGGACCGCCGGAUUGAGGAGGCGCGUCUAGAGGAGAAUUUAUCCGCAACUAGUGAUGCCAGGGGCAACCUCGCAGUAGCUCGAGUUCAUACCCAGUCCCUCCAGGCAGAGCUGCAUUCUGCCUUGGAGGCCCUCAAAAGAGCUGACGGGAAGGCGGCUGAGGCACAAGAGCACGCCAAGUCCCUGGAAGCAGAGUUGUUUCAUACCCACAGGGUUCUCAAGGAGUCUGAUGAGAGGGCGGCUGCAGCUGAGGUCCGAUGUGAAGAAGUUUUGAAGCAGCUGUCCUCUAUGGUGGAGACUCUUCGUGAGAAGGACGAGGCUAUGAGUCAGAAGGAUGAGGUCCAGUGUCAAUAUGAGGCCCUGAAGGCUGAUUUUGAAGGAGCUCAAGCUCACCUUGAUAAGGUGAAGGUUCAAAAGGAAGGAGCCCUAGCUCGGGUGGAGGUUCUCGAGCAGGAGCUGAGCAGGAGUUCUGAGCGUAUCAGAGACCUGGCUUUAUCGGCAGAGGAGUCUAAACUUCAUAAUCAAGAGCUUAGUCAAGAAGUCGGGACUUUGGAGCAUAAAUGCUCAGCCUUGCUCGAGGAGGCCAAACAUGUUGAGGACAUGAUCUAG